CGACUAUAAAAUGUGCGGACUCGCUCCCAAACGAACAUAAAACGACUGAAGCCUAAGCAGAGAAGAGGAAGUGGCGCGGCCGAUCGAUGGGUUUGAAGGAGGAGUUUGAAGAAUAUGCCGAGAAAGCAAAGACCUUGCCUGAAAAUACGACCAAUGAGAAUAAGCUGAUUCUCUACGGUCUCUACAAGCAAGCAACUGUUGGACCAGUUAAUACUAGUCGCCCGGGUGUGUUCAAUCAGAGGGACAGAGCAAAGUGGGACGCUUGGAUGGCUGUUGAAGGCAAAUCAAAGGAGGACGCCAUGAGCGACUACAUCACUAAGGUCAAGCAGUUGCUAGAAGAGGCUGCUGCAGCUGCGUAGACUCCUCCUGUCCGAGUGCCAUCUUCUAGUGAUGCAUUGAUCAAUUAUCUUCUGAACUACAUCAGUAUUUCUUUCUUUCCCCGUGUAUUCACAUCUUCAUCUAUCAAAUAAGUUAUGUUUUAAUCGUGGA